ACUUUGAUCUGUUUUGAUUUUUACACGGGGAAAAACUUAAAACGUCACAACUGACACAAGACUUCACUCACGGUGACAAGCAAAGGCAUAGUCAAAUUGGUGAAGUUAUUUAUGUACAAAUGCCUAAUUACAGCAUUUAGUUUGCAUAUGACACGUAAUAAUUUCAAGGUUGUUAGUUGUGCUGUGGUUUGUUUUUUUUUACCAAAAUGCGAAAGAAUUUAUUGCAUACGGUUUGGAGACACUGAAUAUUAUUGAGAUAUGAGAAGGAGAUUCAGUUUGAAAUGCUGUUUAUUUGGAAUCGGAAUUCCAUUGACCGUCUGGUUGACCUUUAACCUUGUCAGUUGGGAUUUAAAACUGUCUGCUAACUGGAAUCAGCCAAGUGGACUCAAACUUAGGGCGAGGAAGUCCCUGCUGGUCAGAAAGGAUAAAACUAAUUAUAGUAUAGAAUACAGAGGGAAUUCCCCUCAGUUUGGCGGGCAGUGUGAGACGAUUUCCGAGGUGUUUAACAAAGCCCUAGUGAAGCGGUAUAAUUCAACUGUCCUGAAUUCCCUGGGCAUUGUGUCCAGCCCAGAGGAUCAGAAGGCCCGAGAUGAAGGUUACCAAAAGUAUGCCUUUAACGAACUAAUAAGUAACAGAAUUGGCUUUCACAGAGCUAUUCCUGACACAAGAGACCCUAAAUGUCGAGGUGUGAGUUUUCCUACGAUUGACUUAGAUGCUAGUGUUAUCAUCUGCUUUUUCAAUGAGUUGCCUUCAGCUUUACUUCGUUUAGUGCACUCAGUCCUUGACCGCAGUCCAAAACAACUUCUCAAAGAAAUUAUCCUAGUCGACGACAGUAGCACGCAUGAUGACCUUUCUUGUCAAAUAGAAACAUAUGUCAACCAACAUUUACAAAACGUGAAAUUUGUCCGUACUCCAGAGAGACAAGGUCUGAUCAGAGCCAGGGUAUUUGGAUCCCACCAUGCCUCAGGAAAGGUUUUGGUAUUUCUAGACAGUCAUUGCGAGGUGAACACUGAUUGGCUAGAACCCUUGUUAAUAAGAAUAUCACAGGACCCCAAAACAGUGGUUGUCCCCGUGAUAGAUAUAAUCAACCAUGAUACCAUGGAGUACCAGUCGUCGCCUCUUGUGAAGGGAGGGUUUAACUGGGGACUGCACUUUCGUUGGGAUCAUCUCCCAGCCAAUGAACGGAAUGACCCGAAACUGGGAGCCAAACCUAUCCCGUCCCCCACAAUGGCUGGAGGUUUGUUUGCCAUGAAGAAGAGUUACUUCCAUCAGUUGGGGGAGUAUGAUGUUGGAAUGGAAAUCUGGGGAGGGGAGAAUCUCGAGAUCUCAUUCAGGAUCUGGAUGUGUGGAGGCAGGCUAGAAAUUUUACCUUGUUCAAGAGUGGGUCACAUCUUCAGGAAGCGCCGACCCUAUGGGAAUCCUAUUGGCGGGGACACGCUCAUGAAAAACUCGCUCAGGGUUGCGAAUGUGUGGAUGGAUGAGUACAAAAAGUAUUUCCUCAAGCAGAGACCACAGGCAGAAAAUGUGGACUAUGGAGACAUAUCUGACAGAUUGUCGCUACGGAAACGUCUCUCCUGUAAAUCCUUCCAGUGGUAUCUGCAAAAUAUCUAUCCAGAACAGGUUGUGCCAGGAGAAGAUGUGAAGAAUUCUCCUCCUCUUCCUCAUCAUCUUCCAAACAAAAAGAAAAAGCCUGUUGUCAUCAAACAUGGACGUCUCAAACACGUGGCCUCCAGUUUAUGUGUUCAAUCAGAGAAAGAGGUGUACACCAAGAAAGCUCUGUUAACUCUCGCUGUGUGUGAUGAAAAAACUCUGGCUGGUCAGAAAUCUCAGAUGUGGUUCGAAACUGUGGACAAUGAGCUGAUCUUAGCUCAGAUGUUGUGCUUGGAUGUGGAAUCAGGAACCACUAACAAGAGUUAUGCCCGUCUGAUGAAGUGUCAUGGUAUUCAGGGGUCACAGGCGUGGACUUGGACCAACAAGAAUGGAGUUUCUGUCCUGUACAAUCCAGCCAGUGGGAGGUGUUUGACACUCACUUCUGCCAGACCAGGGGGCUACCUAACUUUGAAUCUCUGCACUGGAACAAAAAAACAGGAGUUUACAUUGAGCUGACAAUGGACCACAGACAGACCACAUACAGACCACAGAAGCAUUCCUUAAUGAAGACGUGCAUUAUUAGAGAAAAGAAAAAUGGGCAAUUUAAUUUAUUGCCAAUCAAGAAAAAGUCUGUUUUAAAACACAUUGAGUGGUUUUGGUGUUUUAUCUGUAUGCAGUAUUUUAUUUGUAUAGUACAGUGAAAACUGCCUAAUCAGACACCUUUGCAGUCUUUUACUGGGCAUUCUGACCCUUACUUUCAUUCCAAAUUUCAUAUUUUUGCAGUUUUUUACACUUAAUUCUGACACUCUGUAGUCCGAUACUUGUCUCCCAGUACAUGUCGGGUUAGAGAGGUUUCACAGUUUAUACUGAUACACUGUAUUCUGACAUUUGUCUCCCAGUACAUGUCGGGUUAGAGAGGUUUCACAGUUUAUACUGAUACACUGUAUUCUGACACUUGUCUCCCAGUACAUGUCGGGUUAGAGAGGUUUCACUGUUUAUUCUGACACACUGUAGUCUGACACUUGUCUCCCAGUGCAUGUCGGGUUAGAGAGGUCUCACUGUUUAUACUGAUACACUGUGUAUUCUGACACUUGUCUCCCAGUACAUGUCGGGUUAGAGAGGUUUCACUGUUUAUUCUGAUACACUGUUUAUUCUGACACUUGUCUCCCAGUGCAUGUCCGGUUAGAGAGGUUUCACUGUUUAUUCUGACAUACUGUUUAUUCUGACACUCGUCUCUCAGUACAUGUCGGGUUAGAGAGGUUUCACAGUUUAUACUGAUACACUGUAGUCUGACACUUGUCUCCCAGUACAUGUCGGGUUAGAGAGGUUUCACUGUUUAUUCUGAUACACUGUUUAUUCUGACACUCGUCUCCCAGUACAUGUCGGGUUAGAGAGGUUUCACUGUUUAUUCUGACACACUGUAGUCUGACACUUGUCUCCCAGUACAUGUUGGGUUAGAGAGGUUUCACUGUUUAUUCUGAUACACUGUGUAUUCUGACACUUGUCUCCUGAUUUGUUCUGCCCUAAACUCCAUUGGUUUGUCAGAGAUUGUAGACACAUGCAAUGGAGUUAAUUAAUCUGCACUUCAUUUACAUUUCUUUUAUUACGCCAUGAAUUAUAGUAACCAGUUCAGCAAACCAAAGAAAUUGAUACAUGUUUAUGAAUAAUGGGUAUAUUUGUACAAACAGCUGUUUGUUGUAUGUGUUAUGAAUAAUGGGUGUAUUUGUAUAGACAGCAGUUUGUUGUAUGUGUUAUGAAUAAUGGGUGUAUUUGUACAAACAGCUGUAUGUUGUAUGUGUUAUGAAAUUAUCCAAGAGUACUCAUUUUUACGAUAAGUUCUCUUUUUUUAACAUUCCAUGAACACAUUCAGAGCAAUAUCAAUAGGCCUAUUGUCAAGUGUUGAUGUGGUACUCUCUCUCUCUCUCUCUCUCUCUCUCUCUCUCUCUCUCUCUGAAUUGAGUUUCCUGAUAGAUGAAAUUAAUGAAUGUUUUUUUUGUAUGUUGUGUUAUAUGUUCCAUUAGAGAAUUUUUUACUCGUGUAGAGACAUCAUCAGCUUUUUGUGAAGUGCCAUAAAUUUUGCUCUAUACAUGGCGCUCUCGAUCGUACCAGUAAAUAUUUAGGCAGCUUGAUCUGCCAACGCCAACCAUGACACAGUACAACCAUUUUGAGCCACAUCCAAAAACUCUUGAGUUUCAUCUUUAAUGCUGGAUACUUGGCAGAGGAACACACCCUAAUGUUAGGCAUCUUAGGUUUGAUGUCAUAAUGGUUCUCUCUCUUUCUAACACAUCUUAGGAUUGAUUACGUCACUGCUAAUGUUAAGGUGUGAUGACAUCACAGCUAAUGUUAAGCAUCUGAGGUGUGAUGACAUCACUGCUAAUGUUAAGCAUCUGAGGUGUGAUGACAUCACUGCUAAUGUUAAGCAUCUGAGGUGUGAUGACAUCACUGCUGAUGUUAAGGUGUGAUGACAUCACUGCUAAUGUUAAGGUGUGAUGACAUCACUGCUAAUGUUAAGCAUCUGAGGUGGAUGACAUCACUGCUAAUGUUAAGGUGUGAUGACAUCACUGCUGAUGUUAGGGUGUGAUGACAUCACUGCUAAUGUUAAGCAUCGUAGGUUUGACGACAUCACUGCUGAUGUUAGGGUGUGAUGACAUCACUGCUAUUGUUAAGAUGUGAUGACAUCACUGAUAAUGUUAAGCAUCUUAGGAUUGAAUCAGUGACGGGAUUGAGGAUCCAGACCUCCCGUUUGAGAGCGCCAUAACUACUAGUCGACUGAGACUGGUUAUUAAUGGGUGUAUACAUUGUAUCAGAAUUAUAAAUAAGAUAUGAUGUUUACUAUUGUUUUAAUCAGAGUAUGUAUCAAUAUAUUUUGAACAGUUAAUUAAUAUCCAUUUCAAUUACUACAAGAAAGACAUAUCUGUUGAGCAUUCUUUGCAUAUUUUGGUCAGAUCUUCAUUUUUUUUUUUUUUAAAAUCAUAUAUACAAUGGCAUACAGAAUUUGGAUGUUUAAUCUAUUAAUGAAUUUGAUGAAUUGAUAUUUGUAGAGAUAUUUGUGUAUUUCAUUGAGAAAUAUGCAGUAAAAUUUUGUUGAUAUUAAAUGCCGAGUUGAAUUUCAUUUUGUCUUUAGCUACAUCAAGGUUAGUUUCUUCCUUCUCCACAUCAACUGUCAGAAGAUACAUUGUACAUGUGUAUUUUACUUUAUUUUGAUAAAAAAAAAUGUGAUUCUUUUUUAAUGAAAUUUACUUUGUGCCAUAUUAAACCUUUGACAGUAUACUA